UUCUGAGAGAUGAUGGAGCCCAAAUCUCUGGUUCAUUCCCCACAGCAGGAUGAAGACAGCUCAGUUUUACAUCUUCUUCGUUUGUUGGAAAGCAAUUUGGUGCAAUGGCUGCGUACUGACCAACAUCACCAUUUCAGUGGAGAGAGAGGAGUGUGAAUUCUGUAUCAGCAUCAACACUACUUGGUGCUCUGGUUACUGCCACACACGGGAUCUCGUCUAUAAGGAACCCAUCAGACCCAAUAUUCAGAAAGCGUGCACCUUCAGAGAGUUUGUCUACGAGACCAUGAGCCUGCCGGGCUGUGCCAAUCAGGCUGACUCCUUGUAUUCUUACCCAGUGGCCACCGCGUGCCACUGUGGGUCAUGUGAUACCGACAGCACCGACUGCACCGUGCGAGGACUAGGACCCAGCUACUGCUCUUUUAAUGAAAGGAAAGAAUAAAGUCUCGUCCCUCUUCCGGG